AUGCCAUUACCAAAACGAGCCUGGACGGUCGACGACGUGGCGAGCGACGCUCCUCUCGGCUUCCCGCCGGCGAUACUCCAGGCGGCUCGCCCCUUCUCGCCUGCAGCAAUUGUCCGGAAGAGCAAAGUCCAGCGAAGGGUCCCGGUUGCCAUGCAUCUCAAACGAGAAACGCUUCCGACGAGCCUUGCCCAACCCUCGACUCCCGCAUCCGCACGCGGCAACAGCUUCGUCCAGUCUGGUGCCCAGAGCACCGCAACUCAAUGGCUCGUCGGCUACGAGCGUGCACACGCCAACGACCCCGGCAUCUCCGACAUGGUCCGCCGUACGCAGAGCGUGCGCCUCUUCUGCUUGCUCGCCUCGAUCGCAGCGCGCCGGAAAGCGCAUUUCGCCGGUGCUAGCUGGGUAGGCGCGCUACUGUAG